GUUUUGAAAGAAUGAAGAUAACUUUCAGAAAGGUGGUGAUGUUCGAUCACUCAUAAAGGUGAUAUUAUAAAAAUGACAUUGAAUUAUGCCAUAAUGCCAUAAUUACUGGGUUAAGACAAAUGGAUUGAAUUGGCUGUAGGCAUUCAUUAUCAUUAUAUUUUCAAAACCUUGUAGGUUUUUUUUUUUUUUUUAACAAGUGAUGGGGUUUUUUUUGUUUUUUUUUUGUUUUAUUCAAAUUAUAGCAUACUGUAGCAUCAUACAGGAAGGUGCCAAACAUGUUUCAGUUGUUACUUUUUUUUUUCUUUUCUUUUCUUUUUUAAUUAAUGCUUGAACAACAGUUACAAAACAGAAACAACAACAACAACAAAAUGCCAGGGUUAUAUACAAAAAUAUAAAAUAUCAACCAAACGAGAAAGUAAAUAAAAACAAAACUAAAUAAUAAACCAAAUAAACAAUAAAAGACUUUGCAAUUUCACAAAAUCUUAAAUAAAUGGUUUUAACAGCUUUUUCGUUUGUACUGUCCUUGAUAAAAGUUUCAGUGGGUUUGACCCUUUUGUGGGAGGAAUGACGUAUAUAGUGUUUAAGAACCAGGAAGCUUGCCGCUUUUUUAUCGGAUACCACGUAGUCUACUAUCCAGAUAUCAUCGAUAGAUACCGACAGGUCUAUCUCUUUUGAAUGUAAAAUUUUUGCGAUUUCUGAGAAUAAAACAGAUUGUAAUGAGUAUUUGAAGAUCCAUGGCAUUCCAGUUCCAAGUAGCAGUUCCGGUUCCAGUUCCAGCAGGACCUAGAAAAACAGACCCCAUAAUAAAAUGCAUCAUAGACAACAAGACAGAGAGACUUCAGAAAUUAUUAAAAGGCAGAGAUAUUAAUGGUUUGUACUCCUCUGAAGACUGGAAGGAUGAUGUUACACCAUUAACAGCAGCAGUUAUAUGCAAAAAUGAAGAGAUCUGCUCUUAUCUACUUAAAGAGUCAGCUGAUCCUAACAAACACUCAACAAAUGGACAAACACCUCUACAUUAUGCUGCUUUCACAACCGGAGUUCCAUUGAGUAUUGUGAAAAGAUUACUUGCAGCAAAAGCUAACCCAAAUGGACUUAAGGACUUAAAUGGACUUGAAUUACAAAUUUUUACUCCAUUGCAAUUUGCUGUUGAUCAUGACCGUGAAGACAUUGUGAAAGCACUUAUAGAGGCUGGAGCUUCACCUGCAAGGAACUAUGAGGCAAAUCAAGAGAUUGAUAAAAAGGUUGAGAGAAUGAUUCGUCGACUAUCUUCACAGGGUGAAGUGUUUGAGAAAGUACAUAUAUCUUUCUCUUUUUUUUGGGCUGUAAGAACGAAAAAUCACACAGAAGUUAUCAAAAUCUAUGAGGAACAUUUCUUUCAAGAGGAUCCUUUUGUUCCUUUGAUUUAUUUUGAGCUCUACUUUGGUGUUGUUGGUCGUGGUGCAGAGCCGUACCGUCAGAGCGCCAUCAAGUGGUUAAAAGAUACAAAGAGUGCAGACAGAUACAUUGAGGGACUCAUCAAGCGCUUUCCAAGGAUCCUUCAGGAACACUGGCCGAUUGUACUGAACUGCUUAAAAAUUGCUUUGUGUGUCAGUGAAAACAUCUCUCCUCAGGUAUUCAGUGAGAUUGUGCCAAUUCUAACAAACAGUCUUCAGCACUUUGGAAAUCCAAACGGUGAAACAGUCAAUCUUUUGAUACUCAAAAUACUCAAUGUCAUGAUGCAGAAGACGUCUGAGCAGAAACUGAGAUUGAACCAUUCUGUCUAUGAGAAGUUAUGCAAAAGUCUGUUGCCUCUCACACGUCCUGAUUAUUCAAGUUUAAUUGGAAUGUGGACAUAUAGUUUCUUUGCCUACAUAAAUGACUUAAAUCCUGAACUUGUGGCAUUGUAUGGAUUGACUUCAGUCCCAGAGAUGAUACUUAACACUGCAGAGAUAGAAGAUGAAGCCUACAAAAUCUGAACAUAUCACUCAAACAUCCAUCAGGUGCGAUGGAUAGUUUACAUGAGGAGAUGGCUGCUCCUUCAAAGAGCAGGAAAAAGAAGAAAAAGAAGAAAAAAAUCCAGCAAGAAGUGGGAUCACAAGAAGGUGGGCUGCAAGAUAAAGAGGAGCCGUAUCCAGACACUGUAGUGAAAUCCAUUGAGGAAUCAAACUCAAGUGUGCAGCCAUUUACACCGCCUGCUGAGAACCAAAAUUUCUCAAAAAGGUGGGUUCAGACCAGCCGCCGUUGGAGACCCAAGCUUGAGAAGCUAGCUAACAUGGAUAUUAGCAAUACCUAUAGGCUCGGAAAUGGUAGGCUUACUCUUGUACUCAGUGAUGAAUUUCAGAUUGCUAAAGGAAGCGAUGGAACAGAAGUUUUUCUUGGUUUGAGGGAUGACGGCACAGAGGUGGCUGUGAAACGAAUGAUUAAGUCCAAUUAUCAGGCCCUCAAGAACGAGGAGGAAUUUCUACGACUUCCGCAGCUUGAUAAUCCCUCCAUUGUGCGAUAUGUGGACUUCGCUGAAGAUGACCAUUUUGGAUAUCUUGCUCUUCAGCUUUGUGAGUACACACUGGAGGAAUAUAUCCAAGAGCAUUUACCAGAUAAUUCUGCUGAGAGAAGUUUGGUUCUGAAGAAGCUGGUGAAGGAAGUUCUCUACAGCUUACAGGUUUUACACCAACCACAGACCAAAGUGCUUCAUCGUGACAUCAAACCCCAGAAUGUUCUGAUUGACAUAAAUGGAAAAGCUAGAUUGGCUGAUUUUGGCAUAAGUCGUCGACUGAACUUAAGCCAAACGACUUUACGAACAAGCAUUGCUGGAACUAGAUGCUGGAAGGCAAAGGAGAGCAUAGAUGAGGAGGUCAACAUUGGGUACAAGAGGAGCUCUGACAUUCAGGUUGCUGGGAUGUUGGUGUACUACAUUCUCUCUAGAGGACACCAUCCAUUUGGUAAAGGUCCAUUUUGUGAAGUCAACAUUCUACAAGGAAGAUACUCACUGGAACAUCUGGAUGAUGAUGUAGCGAAGGAUCUCAUCGAGUGGAUGAUCAAUGAAGAUCCAAACAACAGACCAACUGUGGAGCAGACCCUUGCACACCCCUUCUUCUGGACUGAUGAAAGGAGAGUGGAGUAUUUGAAAAAAAUGGGGAACCAGAAUGAAGCCGAGAGCUGUCGUAAUGUUGAUGAGGAGCUCCUUCAUGCUAUUGAAAAAUACACAGAGAAGAAAAGCUUUUCUGAAUGGAAAACUAAACUGCCUUCUGAGCUUGUCCAGAAACUGGAUGGUAAGAAGAAAGGCUAUCCUGAGAACACACUGGGCCUGCUGCGUUUUAUACGCAACCUACACGAGCAUUAUCCAGAUGACGCAGAGAGCAUCAACCUGAUGGAUUCAUUCCCUGAUCUCUUUGGGAGUGUGUUCAGGUUUGCAAAGGAGAGAGGAUGGAACUCCAGGGCGAGUCUGAAGAAGUUCUUCAGCUCAGUUCCACAGAUUUGAUUGUUGUUAUUUUUGGUUACAGUAUGUACAUUGAUUUUGCAUCAUGAAUGUAUUUCAUUAAUGAGUUUAACUGUAAGGAAAGAUGGAACAUGAACUAAGAUCCAUUGUUUUGGGGAAAUGAGGCCCUGACAACUGAAAAACAUUUACUGUUAAAGAGGCACAAUUUAAAAAACCAAGAGUCAGUAGUACAUUUUUAAACAGGGUAGUUUCAGUUCUUGCUUUAUCUUGUGGAAAAUAUGUAAAUAUCUGUUACAGAGCAACCUCAUGGCAAUAAAAAAAAAUAUAUAAACAUCUUACAGAUUCUGCAUGUGAACCUGAUAGCAGAAAUGUUUGUGUAUAAUGAUUCUGGUUCAGAUGGCCCGAUCAGAGAAGCAGAGACCCAAAUCAAUGAUAAGAUCUACACCCGGGCUAUUGCUCGUUUGAUUCCCCUUCCUGCUUUCACAGACGAGAAUGUACCUGUCAAAGACUCAGCCCCUGACUGAGUUAGCUGAGUAAACUGAUUAAGCCUACAAAGGGGCAAAUAUGCUCAGCAUAUUUGGGGGCGGCAGUGAUAAGAAGUCACAGCCAAUAAGCACACGUUACUGUGUGACAUCAGCCAGUGAUCGCUCGCUGAAGAGAGGGGAGCAUCAGGUGUUCUUCUGAGGCUCGAACAAUACCACUGAAACAAUACCACAUCUAUACAAAUGUCCACAACCUGUGCCUAAACAAGAAAUGCCCUGUGGUCUGACUGUGCUGUCAAUUGCUGUCGAUUCUAAACAUUCCAUUAAAUUCUGGAAACUGAA